ACUGUUGCCAGCGGCGCCUUCCUCCCUGCCAGCUCUGAUUACGCGCGCUGCGCACCCUUCGCAACGCGUGGAGGUCAGCUGCCGCUGGUGCUUGAUUUGUGCCUCUUGUUUUUCGGCAGCGACGGCUGCAGGCUUUGUUGCAGGAGACUUCAGUAAGCGAAGCGAGAGGCGAAGAGCUCUUCUAGAUGGUCACGGGCUCUGACGCUUAGAAGAAAGGGUCCGCCAUGAAGACUGCAAUACAAGCCCUCACGCUCUCGGCGGUCUUUCUGGCAACCUCCGUAUCCUCGGCGCCUUCUUCGAGACAAAGGAAUGUGAAAUGUGGAUACGAGAGCUGUCCACAGACCAGGCCGGGUAUGUUGAACGUCCACUUGCUAGCCCACACACACAUGGAUCUGGGAUGGCUAAAGACGGUUGACCAGUACUUCUAUGGAACCAAAAAUGAUUACGCCAACGUUGGCGUGCGUUAUAUCUUCGAGAGCGUGUUGGAGGAACUGGAGCAAGACCCGAGCAGGCGGUUCAUCUUCGUGGAGACAGGCUUCUUCAACCUCUGGUGGAAGAAGCUGAACGAGACCAAGAAGGAGCGAUUCAACGCGCUCGUGCAGUCCGGUCGCUUGGAGUUCAUCAGCGGUGGCUGGGUGAUGAACGACGAGGCCGGCGUCUACUACACUAACACAAUCGAUCAGAUGACCUACGGCUUGCGCAAGCUCAAGGACACUUUCGGCAAAUGCGGCGUGCCUAGGAUAGGAUGGCAGAUUGACCCGUUUGGUCACUCCAGGGAAUACGCCUCCCUCCUGGCGCAGAUGGGAAUGGAUGGAUACUUCUUCGGCCGGAUCGACUACCAAGAUUUCAGAGCACGCAAGAAGGACCACCGGCUGGAGUUUAUUUGGAGCGCCAGUGAUAACCUCGGAAAGGCAGCCAACAUUUUUACGGGUGUCCUCCCAAAUGUAUACAGUCCUCCGAAUGGAUUUUGCUUCGAUAUCUACUGUUCCGACGAUGCCCUAGUGGAUGACCCUGACAGUGAUGAGUACAACGUCCAAAGUAGGGUGAACGACUUCCUCAACUACACAAGGGAAACGGCAAGCUUCUACAAGGCAAACAAUAUCCCAGUUACUAUGGGCAAUGACUUCAACUACCAGAGUGCCGGUCAUUGGUUUACCAACUUGGACAAGCUGAUCCAUCACACUAACCUCAGGUCAGAAGACACGAAGGUGCACCUGCUUUACUCGACACCUUCGUGCUACCUGAAGGCUCUGCACGAGUCAGGCGUCGGCUGGCCCACCGAGACGCAAGACUUCUUUCCGUACGCCAGCGAUCCCCACGCCUACUGGACCGGAUACUUCACCAGCCGACCGGCCUUCAAGUUCCUCGAUCGAUACACUAACAACCAGCUACAGGCAGCCAAGCAACUGGGUGUUCUGGCUGGCCCCAGGGAAGUCACGGAGGCCUCUCUUGACGUAUUACGCGAAGCCUUGGCCGUCGGUCAGCACCAUGACGCAAUAACGGGUACCGCCAAGCAGGCCGUAGCCAAUGACUACGUAAAGCACAUUGCGAUUGGUCUCAAGGCGAGUGACAAAUACACGAACUACGCUUUCGAGAAACUCUUGGGCCUACACCCACAGUCGAAGGUCCCGGAACUCGUUCGCUGCCACACUUUGAAUAUUAGUGCCUGUGACGUCACGGAAACGUCCGAGCAGUUUUCCGUCGUAGUGUACAACCAACAAGCGGCGCCCUUCCACGUCCAUCUCAGAGUACCAGUAGUAGGCGACGGUUGGCGAGUCCUCGACAGCAAUCGCUCGGAGGUGCCUGCGGAGAUCACAAAAAUACCGGCGGGCGUGACAACCCUACCGGAAAGAUUCAGCAAAGCCGACAACGAAGUCGUCUUUAGGGCCGAUCUCGCGGCUCUGGGCUUCACGACGUACUUCAUCGAAUCUGACCACGCCUCGGUAAAGCCGCCCAGGAACGAGAUCGAAGAACUUCCGAGGGACGACACCACGGUGACUUGCUACGAUGCCGGCACCAAGGAAAUGGUCCUGCAAGGAAACAUUACAAGGGCGUACAUCGACUGCGAGACUGGACUUCUCAGCGCCAUCUGGUGGAAGGGGACGACUAUGCGUGUCAAUCAGUCCUUUUACUGGUAUCAUGGACAUCCGGGUAACAACACGCAGUUCAAGUACCGUGCUUCCGGUGCCUACAUCUUCCGGCCCGAGGAACAGGAACCAUUACCGGUGGCGGAUAAAGCCGAGCUGGUCCACAUUGAGAAAAACGGCACGAUCGUCCAGGAAGUCCACCAAAAGUUCUCCGACUGGCUGACGCAAGUGAUACGGGUGUACGAAGACUCGGACUUCGUCGAAUUCGUCUGGGUAGUUGGCUCCAUCCCGGUGGCCGAUGACAAAGGAAAAGAAAUCAUCACAAGGUUCGACACUGAGAUUAAGAAUGACGGCGUUUUUUACACAGAUUCCAAUGGAAGGGAAAUUCUUCAGCGACGCCUAAAUUACAGGCCGACGUGGAAGGUUAAUAUAAAGGAGCCAGUGGCUGGAAACUAUUACCCGGUCAACAGCAGGAUCUUCAUCAGGGACGACGCAAAGAAAGUUCAGUUCACAGUGCUCACCGAUCGCUCUCAGGGAGGCAGCAGUCUGCGAGAAGGCUCAGUAGAACUGAUGGUUCACCGGCGGCUGCUGUACGACGACGCGUUCGGCGUCGGCGAGCCGCUCAACGAGACGUACUACAAAGGCCGGGGUCUCGUGGUGCGCGGAACUCACCGGGUCACCCUGACGCCUUUCGCCCACGCAGCGGAAGUCCACCGACCGCUGGCAGUAGCGAUGUACUCGGCCCCCACCCUCUACUUUGCCCGCGUCGGUAGCAAAGACUACACGGCUGAGUGCAAAACCAACUGCUCGGCUCUUGCGAGGUCGCUGCCCCGCAACGUGCAACUGCUGACCCUCGAGCACUGGAACAAGGAGGACAAGGUGCUUCUGCGGCUGGAGCACAUCUUCGAAAAGAAAGACGACGCGGGUGAACUCUCGAAGCCGGCCAACUUCAGCUUACAGGCUGCUUUUGUGCGGACGAUUACCGACGUGACGGAGAUGAACCUGGCCGCCACAGAAACGAAAGACAAGACCACGCGUCUCCAAUUCGAGGCAGGGGACAACCACGAAGCUCAACGCAGCGUGUCAGGCGACGACGACGGAUCACUGGUCGUGUAUGGCCCAGAAUACUACGUGUACCUGACGCCGAUGCAGAUCAGGACCUUCUUGGUGACUUUCUCUUCGGGCGAGAAACAUAUGGUGUGUUCCACCGACUAAAAGCGGGAAGAGUGGCCAACACACAGACGCAUACGAAGCUUUCGUUGCGCGUCAUGUCUACUUGUUGACGCACGACUCGCCUGUAUUUGAACAAUAAAGUUGCUAUAAACACGAAACUCUUCCCAGGCUUGUGCUGGGAACUACUUUUA